CUUUCUCUGUUAACUCGACUCUGUUAAAAACCUAUCGGUGCUAUCGAUAACUCCAACGUUUUCUUUGCCCACCCCUACUGCCAAGAAUUGUAUAAUUUGUUGUGUUUCUGAUUAAAUGAAUUAAAGUUGCAGUUAAGGCGCUCAAAUCACACCGCAAAAUGGCGCUAAGGAACCUGAAGAGUCUUGGCCAGCUGCUGCUGAAGCAACAAAUCCCCCAACAGCAACAACAGCUGAUCCACACGACGCCGGCGUGCUGCGAGAUCCGGAAACUGGCCCGCCUCCGUGUGGUGGACAACAGCGACCUGGGCAAGCGGGCGAUGGCCGAGGGACGACCGCCACGCUGCAUCCAUGUGUACAACAAGCGGGGCGUGGGCUUCAUCGGCGACAAGGUGCUGGUGGCCAUCAAGGGCCAGAUGAAGAAGGGCAUCCUCGUGGGACUGAAGCAGAAACAGAAGCCGAAACAGCCCAAGUUCGAUAGCAACAACCUGGUGCUGAUAGACGACAAUGGUUCGCCCCUGGGCACUCGCAUCCAUGUGCCCAUACCGACGAUCCUGCGCACCAUCCUCAAGGAGAAGACCCAGGCCAAGGGCGCCGACUACACCAAGGUCCUGGCCAUCGCCAGUCGAUAUGUUUAGAUUGAACCAUUAUCCUUCCUGUUAUUAUGUUUUUUUUUUUUUUUUAAUAAAGAAGAGGCUUGAGUCUUGAAGUUACUGUAAA